CAUUAAUUUUGUUUCUCUUCUACUUAUUACAUGAAAGCUGUUUUAAGUAUACUUAGAGAUAAACAAUUUUGUUUUUGAAGUUUCUUUUUUUUAAAUUACAAAUAGUCAUUGUUGAGUGUUACUUUUUGUACCAAUUUUUAUCUCAUAAUGAUUGUUACUACUUUGCAAAUGCUUUCUAUUAUUGCUGGGUAUUUCAAUCUUGUCACUUUAUAUAUGCGAUUGUGCCAAGCUAGACCUGGGAUCCGACGAUGGUGGGUAAAACCGCAUAUAAGACAUAAUUUGCGUGAAUUGUUUGGUGCCUACCAAACAUUAUUUUUAUAUUAUAUUAGAAGUGACCACGAAGAAUUUUACAAAAUGGCCAGAAUGACACCAGAUCAAUUUGAUCUGCUUUACAAUUUAAUUGCCCAUAGGCUUCAGAAAGCUAGUUUGAGACGACCGCUUUCGAAAAAACUGCGAUUAAUAUUGACUUUAAAUUAUUUGGCAAAUGGUGAUAGCAAUCGCACCACAGCUAAUUUUUUUCGAAUUGGUCUUUCAACUACAUACAGAGUAGUAGAUGAAGUGUGUAACAUCAUUUGGGAAUGUUUAUCUUCUACUUAUAUAGGAAGAAAGGAUGCCUUUGAUUGGAAAAUUGUUGCACGCGGAUUUAAAGAAAGAUGGGAUUUCCUGAAUUGUUUAGGUGCCAUUGAUGGCAAAGAAAUACGUAUAAAGAAGCCACCACAUUCAGGAACCAUGUUUUUCAACUAUAAAAAUUUUUAUAGUUUUAAGCUUUUGGCAGCUUGCGAUGCUUACUAUAGGUUUACGUGGAUAGAUGUUGGAGAUUACGGAUCAGUGAGUGAUGUUUCCGCAUUUAAUCACACCGAUUUUAGCAUCGCACUGGAAAACAAUGAAGCAGAUUUACCACAAGAUGCUGCAAUAGAUGGAACAAAUAUUGUACUUCCGUUUUGUUUUAUUGGUGAUGCAAUUUUCCCCCUUAAGCAAUAUUUAAUGAAGCCCUUCGAUAGAAAUAGAGGAUUAAAUGAGACAGAAGCAAAUUUUAACUACAGAUUGGCCAGGGCUAGAAACUCUAUUGAGGAUUCUUUUGGUCUUAUUACAAACAAAUGGACUAUUUUAAAAGAUAGAAUGGAUUUUAGUUUAAAAACGUCAAUAACUAUUGUUCAAGCAUUGGUUUGUCUUCAUAAUUUUAUUUUGACACAAGAACUAUUGUUAGAUGAUGAAGACAAAAUAUAUUAUCCAGAAAAUGGUAGAAGACCAAACGUUGUGAUUGAUGACGACAAUCCAAAUGAAGAGGACGACAUAGAGAUUCCUCAAAAUGUUUUCCAACAGAGGCAUAUGCUAGCUGAAUAUUUUCUAUCAGAGGAGGGAACUUUGCAGUAAAAAGUAAUUUGACAAAUAUCUGCAUACUUUGUUCAAUUUCCCAUACUUUCCUAUGACUGACGGAUAGCUUUUCUUACUGUAUACACUUCUACUUAGCGAAAAAAAAUUCAUAAAAAACAUCAACAAAAUCUCGAUCUAAAGGUAUCUCCCCCCUUAAAAAUUAGUUUCAGGUACAUCAAUUUUCUAAAUUGCUUUUUAAUACUCUGACUGGGCACGGCCUAGAAAGUUUUUUGAACGCCACUAUUAAUUAAUAAAAUCACAAGGUUGUAAAUGCAAAAAAAAAAUUUCCCAAAAAAAUGACGAAGAAAAUAGAAAUAUAUAUUGAAAGCAAAGAAAAAUUCCUUAUAAUUUUUUAAUGCAUACUCUGAUAGUAUUAUAUCCAAUAAUAUUAUAAUAACUUAUUUGCAUUAUUUGUAAUUUUUAAUUACAAAUAAAUCGAAUUUGGUUGAGGACAGUCUUAGUUAUUAUCGUAAUUCAA